UAUAGCUCGAAAAAACAAGUGGCCUUUAGAUCGGAUGACCUUGUCUGUGGACGUCACCAAGAAAACCAAGGAUGAUUACGGGCAUCCUCCUCGAGAGGGAGCGUACAUCCACGGACUCUUCAUAGAGGGUGCUCGCUGGGAUAGCUCCUCGGGUCUGCUGUCAGAGGCUGUUCUGAAGGAGCUGACUCCAGCUAUGCCAGUGCUGUACAUACGUGCGGUACCCAUCGACCAGCAGGAUGCGAGGAACACCUACGAGUGCCCGGUGUACCGCACCAAGCUCCGAGGCUCCACCUACAUCUGGAGCUUCCGCCUCAAAACACGCCACCCGCCUGCAAAGUGGGUUCUGGCCGGAGCGGCACUGCUUCUGUCCGUAUAACUCCAUUCUGCUCACAGAGGUUGACUUAUAUGUUAUAUGCCGAAGAAUUUAUUUGUUUUUUUAAAAAAAAGUUUUAUUUUUGUUUCUUAUUAAGUGCAAAUGAGGUUUUAUGUUGUCUGACGCAGGGCUGCACGACUAAUCGAAAUAAAAGCAACAUCGUAUAAUGCGACCAUGGACCACAAAACCAGUAAUUAGGGUCAAUUUUCACAAAAUUCUGAUUUAUACAUCAUCUGAAAACUGAAUAAAUAAGGUUUGUUAGGUCAAUAAUAGGCAGAGAUACAACGAUUUGAAAAUCUAGAAUCUGAGGGUGUCAAAAAUCUAAACAUUGAGGCUUGUUGCAAUGCACAUUAGUAACUAACAAUUGCAUUUAGACACAUUUACAGUAGGACAUUUACUAAAUAUAUUAAAGAUCUUUACUUAAUAUCCUAAUGAUUUUUGGCAUAAAAUAAAAAUCUAUAAUUUUCAGCAACACAAUGUAUUGUUGGCUAUUGCUACAUAUAAAGUAUAUAUACACCCAUGCUACUUAUGACUAGGUGCUACACAUGCAACUUUUCACGUAGCAAAUGCUAUGCUGAUUCCAUGUACUUGUGCAUUAUGUUGCUUAUAAAAUGCAUUCAGACACGCAACACGUGACAAACUACUUCCCAAAAUUGUAAUGAAAGAUUAACUAGCUGUUUUUAUCAUAAAUACAUUUGCAAUACUGCAUUAAAUUGCAGUUAUCUGACAAAAAAAUGUAGCUAAUUUAAAUGUUAAAAAAUAUUAUUAGUGCUGUUAAUCAAUUAUAAAAAGUAAUCAUAGACAGUAACUAAUCACAAAUUUAAAAUACUAGGGUGUACUGUAAAUGUUUUGAAAUAAACUAGUGUAAGGAAACCUCUCUGCCAGGUAUGAUACAUAAUCCUUAUUCUUUCAUCAUUAUUCUUCUGGUUUUAUUCAGCUAUUAUCUGCCUUUUUACCAGCAAUAAAACAACGUUUACCAAGCCACAUCGCUUCAAUCCCAAUAAAUUUACCCAACUAUUAUCAAAAGUAUUUCUAAAAAAAAAAAAACAUUUGCUUUUGCAGUAUUAUGACAAAAUGCAUUUCAAUAGUAUUUUUUUUAAUUUUCUUGUUUUGGUUUAUUUAGAAGCUAGUAUAGCAAACAGAGGAAUGUUUUAGAUUUUUUUUUAUAUCAAUUAUACUUUUCCUAAAUCGUGCAGCCCUGGUUUUACAGCAGCAUACGUCUACUGUAAAAUAAAUAAAUAACAUAAGCCAUUAUUGGCAUAAGUAUUGUAACAGUGCGAUAUUGAUGUUAUUAGCUUAAUUAAAUUUAAAGCUGGUUCUCGGCAGCUCUGCGCUUACUGAAUGACACAAUCUCCUCCAAUGCCGCUACAAUGAGACUCCCAGUAGAUUAUGAACCAGGCUGAUCUGAUUUUCAAAUGAGGUGUGUUUGACCUUCCGCUCCUGCUGAAUACAGAUCGACAGCGCGAUUCAUCUCACGUCCCGACAGAAACCAAUUUGUUAUCUCCUCUGAAUGACAUGCUUUGGCCAUGUCCAUUUUUCCCCCCUCGCGCGUGCGUCCCUUGAUGUGAUUUAAUAACUAGCUACAGUGCGUGUACUGUAAAAUCAUUGUAGCUGAUGUGCUUUUGUUCGAUGGCGUUUAGAAGGUAAACUAUUUAAAUUCUACACAGUGCGCGAUCACAAAACAACAUCUGCUGUUGGUCUGGGAUUAUCCGUAUGGUUCUUUGCCAUGACGCAGACCUUGUCAGGAGACAAGAAAAUGAUACAUCUGUCCCGGAGAGGGAAAUGAGAGGUUAGCACAAGCUGUGGAGCUGUUCCUCCCCUCUCAGCGAGUCCAGCGGCGGCCUCACAGCAGGUAAUAAUGGCCCAGAACAGGAUGGAUCUGUAACUGUUUAGACAAUUUAUCCUCGCUUCACACCGAGACAGCUGAGACGCACUGUAAGCCAAUAGAGCGUCAAAGAGAAUAUUCACACUAUUAGCGAUGAAUAACGAGGUCUGGGGUUUAGUAGGAAGUCACGACGCAUUUCCUGUUUCGGUGCGCUAAAGUAUACUUAAAAGUUAACAAACCACUAGGUGGCGUUAAGUGUGUAAUUUAAAGGCCCAGAAAGGAAAAUACAAAUGAAGACAUUUUUGAUGGCAUCUGAAAGCCUUCUGAACCUCCAUAGACAGCAAGGAUAUUACCACAGAAUCAUAAUGCAUAGAUAACCAUCAUAUAACCAUAAAUCAACGCAUAGAAGCAUAGCAAGGACAUUGGUAAAAAUGUUGAUGAUUCAUUUUGUAAUCAACAUAACGAGUGUUGUUUCUUCUGAAUGUAAACAAUGUUGAUUAUGCUGAUUAUGUUCUGGGGUACUUGCUAAAAUUACAUUGUUGGUUUUUCUUGCGCAUACAAAGUAUUCUCGUAGCUUCGUAAAAUGGCAGCUGAUUACAGAACAAAUGAUUCAAAAUUCCACCGAUGUCCUUGCUAGGUUUCUUUGCAUUGAUCGUAACAGCCUCGCUGUCUGUGGAGCGUCAGAGAGCUCUCGGAUCCCAUCAGUCUUAAUUUGUUUGGAAGAUGAAGGAAGGUCUUGAAGGUUUGGAACCACAUGAGGGCGAGCAAUUAAUCACCGAAUUUUCAUUUUGGGGCGAACCAUCUAGCCCUUUAACAUUUUCAAAUGUACUGCAUACAAGUUUGCGAAAUAUUAAGCAGAAAAUGGGUUUUACAGCAUGUGUGAACACAAGUAAAAAGACGGCGUCAAUUAUAAUUUUUUUCCUUUAAUGUCAGGCUCUUUGUGAAGAAAUCUAGUGCAAACAGCAGCUACAGUCAGUCACUGCUAACAUUUUUUUCUGAAGGUCAGACGUACACCUUGCUAUUGCUUUGUGGCCUGUUUAUCAUUACUUAUUAAAAACAAAGUCUUAGUAUUUACAGAGUUCACAGGCAUUAUCAGACUGGUCAAUCAAUGGCGUUGCCAAAUCCUUCAGACCAACUGAUCACAUUUACAGUACAUUACAUCUUCUCUUUGCAUUUAAAACCGGUUUUGUCUUCCCUUCUGAAUCGGGGACAAGUUUGUCGUUCAAUAAAUAUCUCGGUGUCUCACAAGUUAAAGCAAAAACUUGUACGAGAAAUCUAUAAAUUUGCUUUCUUCGAGCACCAUCUCAUCUAAGCCAUUACAGAACCAAUGCUCAGUUAUUUUCAGUAGGGCUUUUCCAAUAAAAUACAUCUAUAAUUUAAAACCGAUUAUCUCUAUUACAGUUUGCUAAAUAGAUUGCACAGAUAUUGUUUCCCCCCUUCAAAGAUAUGCAUAACUUUAAGAUGUCGCUUUAAUCUAAACUUCUACUAGCUUCCGAUAGUUCCUAAAAUACAGAACAAAAUAUUGGAUAUUUUUCUGAUUGUCUACAAAUUGUUUGUUGGCCAUGAUCUAAAAAGGCAUCACAUUGUUUCGUUAUUUGUGCAUGUAGCUCACAUUAUAGACUAAAUGGACUACACAGGAAUAAAGAUGUGCCUAUUAUUUUCCCAUAUAUGCAUAUAUUCUUAUUUAUUGGUGAAAGUCCCUAUUUUGCAGUGGCAAACUGUCUCAAAUCAACUAAAAAUCUGC